CACCCUAAUUGUCAAUAUUUUGCUAUUUUACUAGUUAAAAGUCGGAAAUAUACGUAAAAACAAAAAACAAUGCCACAAGACGGAAAAAAGAUGAUUUUCGAUCGAAUUCAAAUGACGGAAAACUUUUUCGGUGACUUGUGCUCGGAAUUGUCAAGUUUUACAAAGAAAAAAGCACGGCUAAGAGAUAAAUACGAUGAGCUUGGUCGUAUAUUCAGAGGAUAUGCCGAAUCGGCCCGUUUCAACGAGACAUUAUUCAAUGGACUUCUAAACUAUUCCAAGUCAUGUACUGCACUGGCCGAUAUCAAGGAUAUCGAAGUUCGACGACUCCAGUCAAAGACAUUACGUGAUUUGGCGAACUAUGAAAAUGUAUGCAAGAAUGCAAGAGAUGCUUUGAAACAUUCAUUACUUGCGCGCGGAAAAGAACAUUUUAGGCAGAGAGCAAAUCAACGAAAUUCGCUGAUUGAAAAAGAGUCACAACCAGCCGAAGGUAGUAAAUCGGGGCAAGACUUUGAAGCGAAUUUAAUAAAAUUCGAACUACAGAAAGUGCAUGAUAUUCGAGAAAUUUUGCUUGAAUUCACCUUGAUCCAGUUGAAAGAAAAUGUAAAAUCGAUGGAAAUGCUAACAUCAAUGUAUAACGAUAUUGUGGCAAUCGAUACGGAGAAAGACGUGGAAGAAUUUGAGCAAAAGUUCUUGAACAAAGAGCCAAAUAGUUUGAAACCAUCAAAUCGAUCACAAUCGAUGAGUGCCUUAACGAAAACGACAAAAUAUGAUAAACUAACCACCAAUUUGUCGAACAGCACAAUGUCGCUCAAUUCACCAAACAAAGAUAUUCAUUCAAACUUGAAGAAAGACACACAUCAGUCCAGUGAGGAUAGCGAAUUGGAUGAUGAAGAAGAGGAGGAGGAGGAUGAAGACGUUAGUAGUAAAUCGACUGAAGAAACGACCGAAAGUGAGGUAUCCAGAGACACUAAAGAUACAAGAUGCAGCACUGAAAAUCAGAGCAGCAGUGUCUGUGUAGAUGACAAUGAUGAUGUUCAAAUACGACCAGUUAAAGCGAUACCCAGAAAACGAUCAGGCCAAGAUAAAGCGGAACCAGAGAAAGAAAGAAGUGUGCCAGAGCAACCACGACCGGUUCCACAAGUUAGAUUUUCAAAAAUGAUAAAUCACAUGAAGAAAUGAAUAACAAAUCAAAAUCAUUUUCAUACAAAAGGAUUUCACGUCGAAGUACAAACCGAAGAAAACUUAACGCUGAAAAAUUUGUUAAAUCGAUACUUAUAAAUA